UCCCGAGAUGCCCCGGGCCGAGAGGACAACACCUUCAAAGACCGACCCUCCGAAUCGGACGAGCUGCAGACCAUCCAGGAGGACAGCGGAGCGGCUUCAGAGUGCGGGUCGGAGAGCCAAGAACAGGACCUAGAUUAGGCUAGCUUUUUUUUUUUUCCUCCCCUCCCUUUUCUCUAUUUUUUUUUUCUUUUUCCUCCUCUGUCCACUCUCAUUUAAGAGAGACGCAAGAACCCCUCAUUUGACAAACACAAGCGUAUUACCAACUGCUAAUACAACCAUGGCAUCCGCAAGCAGCUCUGCACAGGCCGCCUUCGGCCUGGGUCGGAGGAAGAAGAACCCCGGCCUCCUGGAUCAGAUUGGAAAGUUCUUUGGAGGGGACAAGAAGAGGAAGGGCAAGGGCUCUUUCCGAGGCGCUCUCUCCCCGGGCCCUCAGAAAGCUUCUGCAACUUCCCCACGUAAGCGCGGGGCCGAGAACGCCGUGGUCCAUUUCUUCCGCACGAUUGUGUCCCCUGCCCCUCCCAAGUCUAGGAAGUCACAGUCUGCUAAAGGCAAGAAGGCCAGUGGGGACGGCAAAGGCACCCUGACUAGGAUCUUCAAAAUGUGAUAAUAUCAGCAGCAGAGGAAGCAGGAGUGCUUCUCCAGCCAAACGCUGAGGUCCAUCUGUACAGCCCCUUCCAACAGCACGAGGGAAGACGUUCAAGAGCACGUGGGGGGUGUUCAAAAAAAAAAAAGAGGAAGAAAACGAGGAAAUCUUAGUCAUCCCUUAGACUCACCUUCCCUUCCACCUCUGUUAACACUGUAAUGCUCACUAAAUCCCUCAUUUCUUUCCACCCCACCCCCCCACCGCCCCAAACACUCUUUUGGCUGGUAGAUAGCGACACAAUCUGUCUCCUCCCUCCUUUCCCUGCAUUGCAUUGCGCUAAGUCUGUGCAGUCAUCAUCACCGGUGUGAACCGUUUGCCGAAGUUGAUCCUGAAGCCGCUCACAUGUGCAGCCUGAACGCCCCCACCCCUCUUUAUAUACGUGUAUUUGGGUUUCUGUGGACGUCUCCAUGUAUUUGUUUCUAACACAAGGUGGCUAAAACUGAAGCAGACCCGGAGAGCUGAAGGUUAGGGCCAGUGCAAGUCCGACUGACUUGACCGUCAUUGCCGUCUGCCGAUCGGGUGAAAAGACCGGGUCACUUCUGUUUUAGAAAAGAGCGGUUUUCUGUCUCGUCACGCUGUCUACGUCACUUAAGUUAAGCGUCCUGUCCUAAAUGUGAUGUUGACCUGUGUUUGUCAUCGUAGGAUCUAAGGCUGGCUGUGGAGUUUUGUUGUAAAAGUUUCUAAAUUUUCUAAAUUGAGUUUCUCCUGUAGCCUUUUUCAGUCUAUGAGAUAAUGACUAAUUUACCUGUCCACACAUAACAGUGCAGUUUUCCACCUUUUUUAAAACCUUGAAUCUGAAUCACGAUGCCACAUUUAGACCUUUCUUCAAUGCUUUAGUGUACUGUAAGUCUCCUCAUCUCAUUGCUUCUGUCUCCUGUUUGGCACAGAUACUGUAAACUGAAUUCAUUAAAAAACAAAAAAAAGCUCAACAAUAAGUGCCUUUUCCUCCUGACUACCAAAUACAAUGUGCUGUUUUUUCCUUCGUGUGGAUAAUAAAAAACACACAAUUUCAAAAAGGUGCUCUGUAACUAACUUUGCAAUGACACAUUAUGAGGUGUUUUUGUUCUUUUUGACAAUUUGUGAGUUUUCUGUAAAAAAAAAAAACAAGAAAAAAGAAGCUCAGCAGCACCAGUUUUGUGCUGUUCCAUCCAUCUUCCAAAAGCAGCCACGUGUGAUCUGCAGCACCCGCCCCCCGUUUGCUUGAGCCUUCUGAGAGCUGUGUUUUUUCUUUGUUCUGAAAGGACCCUGAGAAUGAAUGUAAACUUCCUCCUCAUUACUGUAUGUGUAAUAAAACAUGACCUGCCACUUAACUGAGAAUAAAACAUUUAAAAAUAUAUAUAUCUAUAUAUAUAUAUAUAUAAAUAUAUAAAACCAGCUCUA